CAGAACCAUGGUAACGUCAAAAGUUUUAUCAAUCACCAACAAUUCUGAACUUGAAACAUGACGGAGUUUUGUGAUAUUCAAAAACUUGCAGAGUUACUCAAAAUCCAUAGACCGGAACAUUCUGAUUCUGACGAUGAACGAGAAGAAAAUCCAAUCCAGUCAACAAGUCAAGUUGGGCAACAAUCAGGUACAAGUAAGAAAACCCCAAAACAGAAAAAGCCGAAUCCAUACAGUAAAAUAGAGAAUGAUGAAAGCAAGAGAAAAGAAAUCCUUGAAACAGAAAGCGAGGAAUAUGAUGGUCUCGAUGAUCAGGAACACAGAACUCAGUCUGAUUGGAAAAAAUCUCCACAGUGGGAUAUCACUUAUAAACAGCAAGUUACGGCUUCUGAUGUAUUUUUGCAGAUGGGUUUCAAAAAUCCAGGAACAGCCAGUUGUGAAGAUAUGAUCGUUACCAUAAACUUACCUGGGGAGAGUAGACACAACAUUGAUUUGAAUAUUUUCAAAGAUACACUGAAGCUGGUUUCUCCAAAUUUUUAUCUGGAUCUUCCUCUACCUCACCCUGUGGAUCCAAAAAGAGGGAACGCACAAUUUGAAGCUGAAUCAGAAAAAUUGAUAGUGACAUUGAGGAUGGACCGCGACUUAGAUCUAGUGAAUUUUUGAAGUGCCAGUUUGGAUGAAGAGGAAGAAAAAUAAGUUACAAUUUAAAAUUAAUUAUUUAUUUGUUCUCUGUCACUUUAUAAAAUAUAAAAAAUAUCGAUCAAUAAAAAAUAUCACAAUAUAGUUAAAACAAUCCUAGAAGCCUCUACGGUGCAUAAUACUAUUCUUCAGGAACACUCAGUAAAUGCUUAGGUAGAUAUCUUUGGUUUCCAAACUUUUAUCACUCGAUCUUGACUACCAGUUAUGAUGAACUCUUUACGAGACGAUAUGUCGAUAGUUUUGAUUGACC